AUGAGACUAGCAGCAACACUGGAAAUUUUAGCGGGUGGCGGGUACCAGUGGCAAACGGGAGGCGCACACACAGCACCCAUGGGACCAAGCACUCUGUCGAAGAUCUUUCGCGACACGUUGUCAUCCAUGGAAGACCAUUUAUGUAGCCAAUGGAUAGUUUAUGAAAAAGACUUCCAGCCGUGUAUGGAGUGGUUCAAUCAAAAAUACAAUUUUCCUGGGGUUGUCGGUGCCGUCGAUGGUACGCAUUUGCAGUUGCUAAAACCUGUGGAAAACGAACACAUAUAUUUUAAGGCAAACAUAGCAUUAAUGCAAUGCUAG